CCACCAGCGCCAUGGCGAAUGACAGCGGCGGCGCGGCCGGCCAGGGCGGCGGCGCAAGCAGUGGCGGCAAUAGCGGCAGCAGCGAGCGAGAUCGGCAGUACUGCGAGCUGUGCGGGAAGAUGGAGAACCUGCUGCGGUGCGGGCGGUGCCGCAGCUCCUUUUACUGCAGCAAGGAGCACCAGCGGCAGGACUGGAAGAAGCACAAGCUCAUCUGUCGCGGCGGAGGUGCGGCGGCGGCAGCAGGGGGCGCUGCCGAGUCCCGCGGCGGAUACCCCCCGCCGACCCGCACCCACAGCGCCGGGGCCGCGGCGGGAUGCGGCAGCGCGGCGGCGGGGAAGGGCGCGGCGCCGCCACCCCCGGAAGCCCCCGCCGAGACCACCCCGCUAACCAACAACCACGUCGCCGCCGCAGCCGCUGGCGGUGAGGCGGAGGCUUCGGCCGCGGCCCAGUCGCCGUCCCCCUCCGGAGAGGCAGUGCUGCUAUACCGGGACAAGUCGAACCUGUACCCAGGCGGCGUGCAGACGGGACCCGCUGGGGCUGCGCUGCGCCCCAACGGGCAGACAAAGUCGCUGGUGCCACAGCGGCUAGCGCUGGAGUACAUCGUGCCCUGCAUGAACAAGCAUGGCAUUUGCGUGGUGGAUGACUUCCUCGGCAAGGAGUUAGGCGGGCUAGUGGCCCAGGAGGUGCGGGCCCUACACCACACUGGCCGCUUCACCGACGGGCAGCUCGUCAGCCAGAAGAGCGACUCAUCGAAGGACAUCCGCGGCGACAAGAUCACCUGGGUGGAGGGCAAGGAGCCGGGUUGCCAGACCAUACGGCUGCUAAUGAACAGCAUGGACGAUCUCAUCCGACACUGCAACGGCAAGCUGGGCAACUACAAAAUCAACGGCAGGACGAAAGCUAUGGUGGCUUGUUAUCCAGGCAAUGGAACAGGAUACGUGCGCCAUGUUGAUAACCCAAAUGGAGAUGGAAGAUGUGUUACGUGUAUAUAUUACCUUAAUAAAGACUGGGAUGCCAAGGUAAAUGGAGGCAUCCUUCGGAUAUUUCCAGAAGGCAAAGCCCAGUUUGCUGACAUUGAACCCAAAUUUGAUAGACUGCUAUUCUUCUGGUCUGAUCGCCGCAACCCUCAUGAAGUACAGCCAGCAUUUGCUACAAGGUACGCAAUAACAGUGUGGUAUUUUGAUGCAGAUGAAAGAGCACGAGCUAAAGUAAAGUAUUUAACAGGUGAAAAAGGUGUGAGGGUUGAACUUAAUAAACCUUCUGACUCAGUUGGGAAAGACAUUUUAUAAGCCUCUGAUUUAGCAACUCCCCUUGCUAUUCUCCCUGCUAAAUCUUGAUGCUAUCUAUUAACUUCUGAAUGUGAAUAACAAGAUAAAGGAAAAUCAACAACAAACCAACGUUUUAAUAAAGAAACAAACAGUAUUUCAAUGUUGCA